AAUGAACGCAGCACUUGGCAAUGCCUUUUUUCUUUACAAAAACUUAAUGCCAACCAAAAGGGUUGAUUUUUAAUCAGCCGGUAUACAUAGAUGGUGGGAUUAGGUUGCAGGGCCGCAUCAUUUUUCUUCCGCAUUUUCAACUCUCAAAGUCUCUCUCUUUCCUUGCUCAUACCCAUUUCGAUGGGAGUCCCCUUUUCCACUACAGUCAGUCAUGAUGCUCAAUUUCUCCUCCAUGGCUAAAGCUCUGAUCUUUAUGAUUUGAGAUACUUCAGUUCUUGAUGGUUUUUCCUCUCAUUCCCGAGUUGAAAUGGAGUACUGAGUGAUGUGUCUGGCUAGUCUUUAACAAUAGCUUUUCGUACCAAUGGCCUCAAAAGAGAAUUUAAAGUCAACAAAAGAGUUUCUUGUCAACAACUUUGACUCAAUCUUGAAUUUGGGUAAUUCACAAGACGCAUCAGCACCACCAGAAGCCAGAUUUGAUCAAGAGAAGAAAGGUUCAGGGAGUGGCACAGUUAAAGAUAGCUCGGUGUCACCCGAAGUGAGUAAUGUUGAAAACAGCUUUGCAAAAACAAGUGGGAUAGCCAAAACAAGUGAGAGCGGGAAGAGCAGCAUGUACAGAGGCAGCACUAGCAGUGAUUUAAGUGACGAAAGCAGUUGUAGCAGUUUUAGCAGUGGUGCCAAUAAGCCUCAUAAAGCAAACGAUUCGAGAUGGGAAGCCAUACAGGCAAUUCGAGCUAGAGACGGGGCAUUGGAUUUGAGACACUUCCGGUUGCUUAAGAAGUUGGGAAGUGGUGAUAUUGGGAGUGUGUAUCUUUCGGAGCUGUGUGGUACAAACUGUUACUUUGCCAUGAAAGUCAUGGAUAAGGCGUCACUGGCAGGGAGGAAGAAAUUGAUGCGUUCUCAGACUGAGAGAGAGAUACUUCAAUCAUUAGACCACCCUUUCCUUCCAAGUUUAUACACACAUUUUGAGUCUGAGAAGUUUUCUUGUCUUGUCAUGGAGUUUUGCCCUGGAGGUGAUUUGCACACCCUCCGCCAAAAGCAACCGGGAAAGCAUUUUACUGAACAAGCUGUUAAGUUCUACGUUGCAGAGAUUCUGCUAGCUCUGGAGUACCUUCACAUGCUAGGCAUUGUCUACCGCGACCUUAAGCCAGAAAACGUUCUGGUGAGGGAAGAUGGACACAUCAUGCUCACUGACUUUGACCUCUCUCUUCGCUGUUCUGUCAGCCCAACCUUAAUCAAGUCGUCUCUUGAGUCAGAGCCACUCGGCAAGAACUCGGGCGGUUACUGUGUCCAGCCCUCCUGCAUCCAGCCAUCCUGUGUGGUACCCACGUCGUGUUUUGGGCCUCGCCUCUUCUCUUCAGCAAAGUCUAAGGCAAAGAAGAAAGAGAAGAAGGCGAAGAAUGAGAUUGGCAACCAGGUCAGCCCAUUGCCCGAGCUAAUGGCUGAACCGACUGGGGCACGCUCGAUGUCAUUCGUGGGGACCCAUGAGUAUCUGGCACCCGAGAUCAUCAAGGGUGAAGGGCACGGGAGUGCCGUGGAUUGGUGGACCUUUGGCAUCUUUAUAUACGAGCUGCUAUUUGGGAAGACGCCCUUCAAAGGGUCAGGCAACCGGGCAACCCUCUUCAACGUUGUGGGGCAGCCUCUGAGGUUUCCUGAGUCUCCAAUGGUCAGUUUCUCUGCCAGGGAUCUGAUAAGAGGUCUGUUGGUGAAAGAGCCGCAAAAUCGGCUGGCUUACAAAAGGGGAGCCACCGAGAUCAAACAGCAUCCCUUCUUUGAAGGCGUGAACUGGGCCUUGAUCCGCUGUGCAAGCCCGCCGGAAGUCCCAAGGCCAGUCGAGUUUGAGAGGAUGCCGGUCCCAACAGCAGCAAGUGACCAGAAAACCAGUCCAGGAGUUAUUCCCUGUGAAAAAAAAUCUGAUAAUUAUCUUGAGUUUGAUUUUUUCUAAGUAGGUGGAUGGGCAUGUGUUUGUUCUUAUUUGAUUUGAUUUUAGAAAAGAAGAAACAUAGAACAAUGUUCUUGAACGUUAACUUAAUGACAAGAGAUUCACAGAGGAUUGUUUGGAUGUUAUUGCUGUGUCGAAAUUGCGUUUUCAUGAUCUUGAUAUUGUUUUUGUUGGAUGUAUGUAAAAAGAAAUUGCUGUUGACGUGAAUAAAAAUGGGCCUCGAACUUGGAAAAAAAU